GUCCCGGCAGUGGGAAUACUUUGAAGGGAGCUGCUAUUACUUCUCCCUGAACAGAAUCAGCUGGCACAAAGCGAAGGCGGAGUGCGAGGAGAUGCACGCCCGCCUCAUCGUCAUCGACAGCUACGCCAAACAGACCUUCGUUAUGUUCCGGACGAGGAACGAACGUUUCUGGAUCGGUUUAACGGAUGAAAACAAGGAGGGGGAAUGGGAAUGGGUGGACGGCACCGAUACCCGCAGCUCCUUCACAUUCUGGAAGGAGGGCGAACCCAACAACAGGGGCUUCAACGAAGACUGUGCCCACGUCUGGACCUCGGGGCAAUGGAACGACGUCUAUUGCACCUACGAGUGCUAUUACGUCUGUGAGAAACCCCUCCCCAAAUAAGGACCCCCCCCACACCCCCAAAAACUCCUUUUUUAGCCUUAAUUUAAUACUCUCUGACCCCAUUGGCCUGUGGGUUCCCAGGUUGGGGGUCCGGGCCGGGCAGGCUUGGAGUUGAGCUGCUCAAAGGGGAGAGGGUGAAUAAAGGAGGGCUGUUGUUGCAGG